AUGAUUGUGAAGGUGUUGGUGUUCCUGUGCCUUCUUCAAUUGGUGGAUUCGUGUCGUUUGAGAUGUCGAAACCGAACCCAAUGCGAUGAUGGUUGGACCUACUACAAAAGAUCAAAAACUGGAUGGUGCAUGAAAAUGUUGGCUGAACAAAAUCUCACAAAAAUUCAAGCCGACCAAUCUUGCAGUAAUUUUGGAGCUGUGAUCUCAUCCAUCGAUGAUUCGUCAAUGAACACCAAGAUUCUUAGUCUGAAAAAUGUGCCAGGCGCUACGCAAACCCUGCUCGGCGCCACUUAUAAAUUCGAAUGUUUUUGUGGUGAAUAUAGUUGUGAGCUAACUGAUAAUUGUGGGAGAAAUGGAUAUUAUUGGACUGAUGGAUAUACAACUUCUAAUGAUUAUAUCUUGGAUAAUCUGGGUAUUCGUGUGUUUAAUAUUACUGAGAAUAACAUUAUGACAACAAGGGUAUUUAGUUAUGAUGUAUUGAUUAUAAAUGCUGCAUCAAGUGAGUGGGGGCUAUUACGGGUCAAAAUUUGAAAUUAAAAAAAAAAAAAAAAUUUUUUUUUUUUUUUUUUUUUUUUGCAAAAUUGGUUGAUUUUUGUCGUUUUUCAUGUAGAAACAUUGAAAAUCCGGAAAAAAAAAUUUUUUUUUUACUGUAGUUUUUGGUCUCGACGCGAAAAGAACUACGGUUGAUAUUUUAUUUAUUUUUUUUAAAUUUUUUUUUUGCAGAUCUCCAAACAACUUAUUCAACCAACACGUUUGAUUCGGUGAUUUGUGGGAAAAAGUCGAAUUAUUGA